ACAUCGACAAUAGCCAGUCAGUAGCCACCGAACGCGAACGGUUAUCAUCUGUACUGUACGAUCAUACGCAAUUGUCGGCGAUUGUGUAAAUUUCUAUAUAACAUUUUGUAGCAUCGUCUAGCCAACGUCGAUAAAAGAAUAAAAGAUGCCGGAGAACGUGCUAAAUGGUGAUCAUGUUGACGUAAAAGAGGCCAACUGUGAGUCUCAAGAUAAUGAUGAAGAGAAUACUGAAAACAUUCAUUUUGAUGUCCAUUUUGAACCUAUAAUUUCAUUACCCUUGAUUGAACUAGCUACCAAUGAAGAAGACGAAACAGAGAUGUUAAAGCUACGGGCAAAGUUGUACCGUUAUGAUACGUCGAGCAAUCCUGCAGAAUGGAAGGAACGUGGCACAGGAGAGGUCAAACUACUAAAACACAAGACAAAAAAUACAGUUCGAGUGGUGAUGCGCAGAGACAAAACUCUUAAGAUCUGUGCAAAUCAUUUUGUCACUCCAUGGAUGGAAUUGAAACCAAAUUGUGGCAGUGAUAGAGCAUGGGUUUGGAGUGUACUUGCUGAUUAUGCUGACGAACAACUCAAGGCAGAAUUAUUUGCGAUACGUUUCGCAAAUGCUGAAAAUGCAUCGCUGUGGAAGGAGGCGUUUGAAAAAGCUCAGAAGAUUGUAGGAUCUGAUUGUGAGAUUUAUGCUGGUAAAAACAAUUCGGAACAAAAGCGUGUUGAAAGUGACAGCGAAUCCAGCAGCGAUGUAAGUUAUGUAAGCGAAAGUACUGAUAACGAAGAUCAAACUAAAUCAUUCAAGCGAACUGAAAAUUGUGACGCAAUUUCUCAACAAAAGGAUAUUGAGAAAGAAAUAGUAACGAAUGAAGAUGAAUUAAUCAACGAAAUCACAAAGUUAAAAGUGAUAAAUGAAGGGCACGAAAAGUAAUAAUUAUCUCAAUGACACGAACGUAUGUAUGUGUGUUGUAUGUAUGUAUGUAUGUAUGUAUGUGUUUAACAUAGAGUUUCACAUCAAAAGAAUUCAUCCAUUCUAACAUUGUGUGCGCAGAUAUAUAUUACAUACCAUUGUUUCAUUAUUUGAAUAUAUGUAGAUGUAUAGCAUUUUUAGCAAUAGUACUGUGUGGAAAAGCUUAUUAAAUUUCCAAGUGACAAAACCGUAUUUAGGUAUAUAAACGUACUAUCUGUAAUUUUUCAAAUUUAGAAUUGAGACUAAAUUCAUAUAAAGUUACAUAAGGAAUGUAUGUGAGGGAAUGUAUAUUGACUCUGUCGAGAAACGAAUAAAUACAACGACAAUUGUACGAACAGAAA